ACGGGAACGAGAUCGGGCAGGCGGUCCGUCCUUGGUCACGUGAAGAUGUCCGGUCAGAGGUCAAACAUUCCAGAGAUGUUCAAAGUGAAGGUUUUGGUGCUCGGGCCCUGCGAGAGCGGGAAGACGGUUUUAUCCAACUUCCUAGCUGAUGCUACAGAGAUGAGCGGGGACUACAUGCCCACACAGGGGGUCAGGAUUUUGGAGUUUGAAAACAACGGACUAAACGUUGGAGGGAGGACUGUGAAUGCUGAGGUGGAGCUGUGGGACUGCAGUGGAGAUCACAAGUUUGAGCAGUGCUGGCCAGCCAUCCAACAGGAGACCAACGGGGUUCUCUUGGUAUUCAACCCUGAUCAGCCCAACCAUGACAAGGAGCUGGAAACAUGGUACAGCCACUUUGUUCAACAACAGGGUUUGAAAGAUUCGCAGUGCCUGGCCUUUGCUCACCACAAGCCCUCUACAUCAGAUAAAGCCAGGGGCCACCUGUCCUCCCUUCUGAGCAAAGUGACAGUUGUCCACAGCAAUAUAGACGAGGACGGGGACUCUGUCAGACAAGAGUUCUCCAACUUCCUGACCAACAUUCUGUCCACCAUGUCUGACAACAGAGACAAGGAGGAGCUCAGCAUCAUAAGCUGAUCAUGUAGUCAUCACGUUUCACUUCUUAUACUAAGUUAUAGGGCAAAUCAACUUAAGAAGCAAGUGCUCUGUUUUUGUGGAUAUACAUAUGUGAUAAGAAUAGUAAAGUCUCAAGAGGUUAUCUUUAUCUAUGAAUUUUUGUUUCAUAACUUUUCAUCUUUACAGUUAGGCUCCAGCAAAUCAUCUGGAUCUUUUUUUUUCAGUUGGAAAUUAUGUGUGACUCAGAAAGUAAUUUAUAGUAGAUUUAUAUCUGUAGUCAUAGACCUUUUUCAUCAGUUUCUGUCUCUAUAAAAGUAUAAUGGAGAACUAUAACUGACUAAAUUUCACUAUAUUGAUUGUUAUGGUAUUCAAUAAAGUUAAGGCGAAUGAUGUAUUCAACACAAUAAAGAGGGUGACUUCA